AUAUAAUUGAUUUAGAUGUUAAGCUUUUUUGAAAAGCUAUGUAGCAUAGAGAUGACAGUAUUUCGUACUUAAAAUCAGAGAUUCAUUGUUUCAAAAGCGGUAGAGACUUGAAUGUUUGAUCGCAGUCCGUAGAUGAUUGAAUAGAAGUCGAAAAGAAGUGAAUUUUAAUGGCAAGCAGACUUGCAACAGCGGUAGCAACAAAAUGGGCGAGAAGAUGCAGACGUUACCCAGUUCUCACAAGACGCUUGUAUGGAAGCACCACCAGUAGCUCUGCCGACAAUACCGCCUCUGAUAUGAUUAAGUAUGCUCGUCAACAUUCGCGCUCUCAAAAUGACACAUCAUAUCAAGAGGCAUUGCGUGUCUUAGAGCAAGGGCUCUCAAUCUUCCAAGGGGCCGACAUAUCAACUGCUAAUGCUGCAGGGAGGUUGUUACUUGCAAUGGCAACACUUUAUACAGAUAGAGGAGAUAUUUGUGGUGCCAUUGAAAGACUUGAUGAAGUUUCGAAGAUGACCCUUUCAUCCUUAGAAGUGAGAGUUGCUGCGUUGGAAGCUCUAAUAGGACUAUACUUGAGAAUGCAUCAGGACGUUACAGCAUCCCAAUUUGCGGAUAAGUGUUUGAAUUUGCUAGAGGGUGCAGAGGCUAAAAUAGACGAGGAAACAUUGGAAGCACUCAAGAUGCGGACACAAUGUAUCAAGGGAUUAGUUGAACUCACUCGUGGACAUGUUCAUUCAGCUGGAUCGUACUUUAUAGGAUGCCAAGCAGAUAUUAUAAGAAGCAACAAAAAUGGAUUGGGUGCAGUUGCAUUAUCAUAUGCAGAAUUUGUUCAUGUGACUGGUAAUUUUCAAUUGGCAAAAGAGUUUUAUGAGUUGGCACUAGAAUUCUCCGGGACUAAAGACAGUCAUGUUCCAGUUGCUGCUGCAAUGGUCUCAGAAGAUGUCCAGUUGGGAGCUGCCUGUGGCUUAGGACAGCUUGCUAUACGUACUGGGAAUUUCGAUGAGGCUGAACAGAGAUUGACACAGGUUUUGAAGAAAGCAGAGGAGUAUUAUGGGGGUCAUAAUCAUAAGGUCGGGAUUGUUUUAGCCUGCAUAGCGGACAUGUUUGGUCGUAAAGGACGAUCAGAAGGUGCAAACUAUUUUUUUAUUCAAGAGGGUCUUUAUAGACGAGCAUUAGAAAUGCUCAAAGCUCCGCCUCUUGAACAGCAGGUUACAGCCACGGAGAUUGAUCUGAGAGAUGUUGUUGCACUUGUGAGAGGUAGCUAUUCACAACUCUUGUCGCAACAGCGCAGCAGGGUUGGAGAAGCACAGAAGAUGAGAGAAUGGGCAGAUGCUGUUUGGAGUAAUAAUCGUAUAUCUUUAGAAGAUGUCUUCGGGAAUACAGAAGCUUCAGCCGAUGAGGAAACUAGAACAAGUGUAAUUCUAGUUACAGACAUGCGCUUAGGAAGGGUCUUAUAGGCGAUAGUUUAAAUCUUUUUGGUUAUAAUUGAAGAAUGAAAAUCGCAAAUUAUAUGAUAGGCUAUACAUAAUAUGUCAUGUGUUCAUUGAUCAUGUAUUGUGAUCAUACCAUGAUACUAAAGUAUUGUUAAGCCUCUGAAAUUUAUAUUCUACAUUUUGGUGUGAUCAUUAGUCCAUCAGCAUCAUUGUUUUUUUGAUAUCAUUUGAUGUGCACCAUAGCCAUUGUUGUCAAAGUAUUAUGUUCAUGGAGUAAGAAAAUAGAAAGAUACAAGAUUGGUGAAAAUGAAUGAAGUGGAUGGCCUGCUGGCUUUGUGGGGCUUUUUCCGGUUUUCUCUGGUUUUUUUGCUGGUUUUUCGUAGGCAUGUCCUCUUUUGUUUUUUGUUGUUUUGCUGUUUAAGUUCUGCUUGUAAAGGGUUUUGGGGCCCCUUCAAAACCUGCUUUUACCUUGAUCAAAAACAUUAUUAUGUGUUA